AUGUCUGGCAAUAACUGCACUGCUGUGACUGAAUUCAUUCUUUUGGGGUUAACAGAUGACCCAAAUCUUUGUGUCAUUCUGUUUGUGAUAUUUCUAGGGGUAUAUGCUGUUACGCUGGUUGGUAACCUUACCAUAAUUAUCUUGAUUAGAAAUAGCUCCCAGCUUCAUACUCCAAUGUACCUUUUUCUAAGCCAUUUGGCUUUUGUGGAUACUGCAUAUUCCUCAUCAGUGACACCUGUUAUGCUCAAAAACUUCCUUGUAGAUAAAACUUCAAUCCCUCUGGGAGGCUGUGUAGCCCAGAUGUUCUGUGGUGCUACCUUUGGGACCAUCGAGUGUUUUCUGCUGGCUGUGAUGGCGUAUGAUAGAUAUGUGGCCAUUUGUAGCCCUUUACUCUAUUCCACCAACAUGUCUACUAAAGUCUGCUCCCUGUUACUCAUUGCCUCCUACCUAUGUGGUUUUGUGACUGCUUGGAUCUUCAUUGGUUGCUUAUUGAAUCAGUCCUUCUGUGGAUCCAAUAAGAUCAAUCAUUUUUUCUGUGAUUAUUCACCAGUUUUAAAGCUUUCCUCUUACCAAGAUGAUUUUGCUACAAUUUUUCCUGCUGUUUCUGUUGGGACAGUAAUUAUGAUAACAGUGUUAAUUAUCAUAAUCUCCUAUGUAUAUAUCCUCUUCUCUGUUCUGAGGAUAAGCUCCUCUGAGGGGAGAUCCAAAGCUUUCUCAACUUGCACCUCCCAUCUCACAGCAGUCACUCUGUUCUAUGGCACCCUUACAUUUAUUUAUGUAAUGCCUAAAUCCAGCUACUCAACAGAUGAGAAUAAAGUGGUGUCUGUUUUCUACAUUGUAGUGAUUCCUAUGUUGAACCCCCUGAUCUAUAGUCUAAGGAACAAUGAAGUGAAAGGAGCCCUGAGAAAACUGAUGAGUCGAAAACAAUUUUUUUCAUGA